CAAUUCCUCAUUUCUCUCAUAAUCGAGACUGAAUAUAGGCUAUAGUAGCCCCCCCAAAGAAAGCCAAGUCCCCCCAUCUCAGGUUGCCCAGAGUGGAAAGACAAGAGAAUAAUGAAGAUUCAGUGUAGUUUUUGUAGUAAAGAAGAGGCCUCUGUUUUCUGUACUGCAGACGAAGCACCCCUGUGUGAUAUCUGCGACCGUCAGGUCCACCAUGCUAACAAGCUCGCCGGAAAGCACAAGCGCUACUCCCUCCUCCGCCCUUCCGACAAGGACUUCCCUUACUGUGACCUUUGCCAAGAUAAGCGUGCCUUUCUUUUCUGUAAAGAAGAUAGAGCAAUUCUCUGUAGAGAAUGCGAUGUUUCAAUUCACAAGGCCAAUGAGCACACCCGGAAACACUACAGGUUCCUUCUCACAGGUGUGAAGCUUUCCGCUUCUGCUUCUGAGUACCCAAUCUCAGCGUCAUCUUCAUCGCCCUCCACCAUUGAUUCCGAGACCAAACCCUCUAAAUCAUCAACAAAAAGACCCACUUCAGUUUCUGCCGAUAUCUUCUGCAACACCGCCAUUGGUGCUGAGAUCAAACCCUCUAAAACAUCUACAAAAAGACCCACUUCAGUUUCCGACGGUAUUUCCAACCCAACUGUGAAAACAGCCCCAGCAGCACCUUCUUACAAGAGGGAUCAUGACAAUCAAAGUAUUUCUGAGUACUUGAUGGAGACGCUACCAGGAUGGCGGGUGGACGAUUUUCUUGAUCCUUCUUCUGGUUUCAGUGAGUUUCCGGAUCAUGGCGUUGGAACCCAUCUGAGCUCGUUUCCAUAUGAGGAUUUCGCCGUCUGGGUACCUCAAGAUACACCUCAGUUCAAUCAUCUUCCUCUCUACAUUCCUCAGACAGGUGUGGGAAAUGGGCUCAAGGCCUCUGAGGAAGCGAACACGGUGAAAGUUAGCCGGAAAAGGAUUGACGAUGGGUUUACAGUUCCUGAAAUCAGCACUCUACCUCUCAAGAAAUCAAGAAAUCUUUGGUAGAUAUUUUGAGAGAAUGAAAAAAUAUCUGAUGAAUCUAUUUAAUGAUCUCGCGAUCAUUUCCUUUUCCGUGUGGUUCCUUCGGGGUAGAUUUUCUUAGUUGUUUCUUCUUUUCUAUAUACCCAAUACUUGUGGAUUUUUUUUUUUUUUUUAAAAAAAAAAAACUAAUUCUUGUAAAAUAUCAAUGAACUUUGCACGAAGGUUCUAUGUUUCUUUCGAUCUCA